GUAGCUUUUUAGACUCCCAGUCGUGGUAGAACGAGCCCCGGGCAACAGGACAUCCUGCUGCUGCCACCGCCAGUAUGAGUCUCUCGUCGCGGGCCGACAUUGACGCGGGUGGAUUCUUCGUCAACUUUAACCAGGAUUGCUCAUCGUUGGCCGUCGGUUCCAAGGCCGGGUACAGUUUGUUCUCGCUGAACGCGGUUGACGCGAGCUUGGACCAGAUCUACAACAGCUAUGGCGAGGAGAUUUGCCUGGUGGAGCGACUGUUUAGCAGUUCGCUGGUGGCGGUCGUGUCGUUGAACGCGCCGCGCAAGCUCAAAGUGUGCCACUUCAAGAAGGGAACGGAGAUUUGCAACUACUCGUACUCGAACACGAUCCUGGCGGUGAAGUUGAACCGAUCGCGGCUGGUGGUUUGCCUGGAGGAGAGUCUGUACAUUCACAACAUCCGGGACAUGAAGGUGGUGCACACGAUCCGGGACACGCCGCCGAAUACGACGGGACUGUGCGCGCUCGCGUCGGACUCGGACCAUUGCUAUCUGGCCUAUCCGGGCAGUGCGACCGUUGGGGAGGUGCAGAUCUUCGAUGCCGUCAACCUGCAUGCCAAGACGAUGAUUCCGGCGCACGAUUCUCCGCUGGCGGCGAUUGCGUUCAGCCAGAUGGGCACGGAGGUGGCGACGGCCAGCGAGAAGGGCACGGUGAUCCGGGUGUUUUCGGUGAACGAUGGGUCGAAGCUGUUUGAGUUCCGCCGGGGCGUGAAACGGUGCGUGUCGAUUGCGUCGCUCGCGUUCAGCAUCUGCUCCAAGUAUCUGUGCUGCAGCUCGAACACCGAAACCGUGCACAUCUUCAAGCUGGAGCGCACCUCGCCGGAGAGCGGAAACGAUACGGAGGGCGGCAAGAACGACCACUGGAUGGGCUACAUCAGCAAGGCCGUGUCGAGCUACUUGCCGCUGGCGUUGCCCUCGCAGGUCACGGACGUUUUCACCCAGGGCCGGGCGUUCGCUUCGGCCGUGUUGCCCGUGGCCGGACUGAGACAUUCCUGCGUGAUUACCACGAUCCAGAAGGCGUUGAGACUGCUGGUGGCGUCCCAGGAUGGCUAUCUGUACGUGUACCAGCUGCCCCUGGAGGGUGGCGAGUGUCAACUUAUCAAAAAGCAUGAUCUCCGAAUCGUGGAACCGAUGAACACCACGCGACCCGAAUCUCUUCCGAUUGGUGUGCCGACGGUUUCGGCGCCGGGCGGUGGGGCCAGCUAUGCUGCGGCCCUCAAGGGUGCCAGCGGGGCUUCCAACGCGAGUGGUUCCCUCGGCAGCGCGGCCAUCGACCACCAGGAAGAGCAGCAGCAGCAGCAGCAGCAAUAGAUUGACUCGAACUCCCCGCCACCCACCUGGACCAGAAAAUCAGAUGAGCAAUUCGGAAUCGGUUGCAGCAAAGGCGCGCUUGUUUUAGCAGCAAAGCACAGCUUUACGUCUUCCUUGGCGUAUGAAAUCUUUAUUUUUUUUUAGGUUGAAAAAGUAAUCCUACACCGCAAACCUUUGAUUGUGGAAUACAUUUUAUUGUAAUCUUUUUUAAAUGCUAUUACUUUAGUUUUUCUUUUUGUGUUACCGACAAGAUUGAUCGAAUUUAACCGAGAUAAUGCUGCAGAAAAGAGAAACCUUAAAUUCCACACAUACUUCUCUCUAAACGCAAAACACGUUAAAAUUGAACAUAAAUGGGUGAUAUUUUGUUCGGCAUCGGAUCAAUGAAGGUCGCGUCUCGGAGUGAGAAACAAAAAAAAAUAAUCGAAGAAAGGGCUUAGCGCGCUAGGCGAAACAGUUCUGCUAGUUUUACCUUGACUGUGAAAGUUGAAAAGCGUAGAAUUAUUUUUUCACAUAUUACGAUUUAAAACUUAAAACUAGUGGAAAGAAGCAGAAAAUCUUAUCGAUGCGUCGUGAUCACGAGAGUUGAGCAAAAAGAAAAGCAAAUACAUAUUGCAAGAACAAUUAUGGCAUCAGCAAAUAUAUAUAUACAUAUAUUUUUGAAACAUUCUUAAAAGCGAAGCGUAGCGGAAUCAGUGCAGCAAAGCCAAGUGAUUAAAAAAAAAACAACAUAAAAUGAACUACAAAAAAACCAUGUGAAAAGCGCGAAGCUCGAUCGACGGAUUGACGGUUGAAGGAAAAUUGAAGAAAAAAAAAUAUAUUAAAAUUAAACCUAAGCGGUAGUGUAAUUAAGUUGUACUUGAUGAUAUAUUGAUAUUUAAAUAAAUUAUAAAAACAUAAAAAAA